ACCACCUUAAGUACUCUCAUAUACUAGUACACAAUUCUCUCAAAUUCUCCCAUUACAAAGUCCCUCUAAAAAGCACACCAAAACAAAAACAAACAAAUAAACAAAAAAAAUGGGUACAAAAAAGUCCAACAAGCUAGCACAAACUGCUGUAUUGAAGCAAAUCCUCAAAAGGUGUUCAAGCUUUGGGAAGAAAAAUGGCUACAAUGAACAAGGACUUAUUCCUGAUGAUGUCCCAAAAGGUCAUUUUGCUGUUUAUGUUGGCCAAAACAGAAGCAGAUAUAUUGUCCCCAUUUCAUGGCUUGCUCAUCCUGAGUUCCAAAGCCUCCUUCAAAGGGCAGAAGAGGAGUUUGGAUUUGAUCAUGACAUGGGCAUAACGAUUCCUUGCGAAGAAGUCGUUUUUCGCAAUCUAACGGCCAUGAUAAGAUGAAAAAGGAAAGAAAUUUCCCAUUAUAAUAAUUAGCUUCAUUUUUUUUCUCCUCUCUUUCUUUCUUUUUGAUCUUUUUUUCUUGUACUUAACACUAUUGAUAUGUAUAUCAGUAUAUGAUAUUGAUCUUCCAUUUGCCACUUGUGGUCCUCACCAGUACUACUUCUAAUCUCUCAAGAGAUUUUUUUUUCUUUCUUUCUUUUUGGCCUGAGAUUGAUUUUCUCAGAGAUUAUUGUAU